AUGGAUCUUAGGCUAACAAGGAAAGCCAGGGGAAAGAUUCUUGGGACUUCAGCUGUUAAAGCCAGUUUAGUUAUAGUGGCAAUUGCCAGCCUUAAAUUAAAGGCCUGGUUUCGUCUGUCCGGGAUGCCAGCCUUUAAAGAAAGUCAAGAAAGUCAUUGGUUUGGUUCAGUUCCUCGGCUUCGGCAUCUUAAGAUGCAGUGCCCGUCAUUCCCAUCAGUACGGAUGCCUCUUCAGUCUAUUGCUCAACGGCCUAUGGCUUCUAUUCCUAGAGCCUUUCCAGAGAAAGUCCUUCUAUCCGGGUUUAAGCUAUGGCUUCGAUUAAGAAAUGAUCUUCCCGACUAG